UGGAAGAUGAUUUCUCUACUCAUUCUUUUUAAAUGAAUUUCAGCUUAUUGAAUAAUUUUACCUUUCCACAUUAUGAUCACGCUUCUGUGCAUAUCUAAAUACAUAGAAUAACUUUAAAUUGUUGAGCCAUUCUGAUUGUUAACUUCGAGUAGUGUUCUUUGUGAAACUGUGAAUAAGCAUGAUCUAUUCUAUCCAAAACAAGCAUGAUCUAAUAAUUAUUUUAUAUGUAACAAUUACUUUUUGUAGAGCAUGAAACAUGUGAGUUAUGCACUUCUGUUUUUUUUUUUUCAUAUGAAAAUGAGACAAGAAGUUAAGAGUUGCUAGCAAAAUCAUGUCUACAAAAACAUGUGUUGUUAAUUAUAAGAAAAUAUUAGUAUAUAUUAGUAUAGCCAACACAUGUGUUGUUAAUUAACAAAAGGGAAUGUUAUGUUCUGUUCUACAAAAACAAAAUAUUAGUAUCUAACAAACAUAAAAUAAAAGAAAAAAGGUUAAUGCUAAACUCUUAUUCUAGAUUGUGUUAAACUCUUUUGUUUUGUAAAACUAAUUGAGUAAUAUUUUUUAGCAUUUUUUUUUUUUUUUUUUUUUCUUAUGAAUUUUUGAAAAAGAAAAAGUUAUCUAUAAAAACUGACAAGUUAAAAAAUUACUAAAAAUUGAAAAAAGAGUAAAUAAUAGUUGAUUUCAAUUAAUAGUUGAAUGAAAAUGAGUUUUUUUUUUGGAGGUUCUCCUCUUUUUCCUAAGGAGAAUAGUGAAGAAAAAGUUUUUUAAAGCACAUUGGUAAGCCUUGAAAAACCAAUUGAAAAUCUUGUCUGGUUGAAUUGAAUCUUUUAACUUUAUUAGUUCAUAAAUCUUUUGACUUUAUUAGUUAAUGUUCCUAUUUAAUGGAGAGGCAUGUCAUCUUCUAGUAACUAUUAUUCUAGUGGUGAGAGCUUCAACUUGAGGUAUGAGCCUUUGAAAUGUGAUUGUGGGCUAAGAGCUGCUAUAAGGGUUACCGAGUCUGACAAGCCAUCUAAAGGGAGACUGUAUUUCAAUUGUAAGAAGAGAAAUUGUCAAUUUUGGAGGUGGUGUACCCCAAAAUUUAUUACGAUGGUAGAGAGGCUGAGGAACGAGAGAAUGAUUGAUCAAAAUCAACAUAUGGAGACUGUAGGACUAAAAGUGAAGAACCAAAUGCUUGAGCAAUCCAAUGCUUUCAUGAAGCAACUUGUUGUGGGUCUGGUCACGAUUUGUAUUGUUAUGUCAGUUACAUUACUCUUUAAAUGAUGAUAGGUGCCGUUUAGAGAUACCCGAUGUUUUUGUGCUAAGUAGUUUACCAUGAACUAUUGUACCCAAUGAAAGUUGACAUAAUUGCCAUGUAUGGUUAUUUUGUACUAAUCUAGUUAUUAUAAUGCAAGCACUGAUGAAUGAGUUUGUUUUAAAUUUUUUUUUCUUUCAUAGAAUGAGUACCCAAGAGGAAACACAACCUGAAAAUAGGAAGAACAAGGGAAAAUCAAGUCAAGUACCAUCCGUCAAAGCUCAUUGGGAUGCAAAAUCAAAUGAAAUUUUUAUUAAGAUUUGUGUUGAGCAAGUGAAGGUUGGACAUAGACCUGGUACACACUUAGAUAAGGUCAGGUGGGAAAAUGUGAUAACUAAGUUUAAAAGUAUGACUGGAAAAUCAUACCAACGAAUACAAAUGAAAAAUUAUUGGGAUGUGUUGAAAAAAGAUUGGCUUUUAUGGAAUAAUCUGUUAAGGGGUAAGACAGGUUUUGGCCGUGAUCCAUUAACUGGAGCUAUAUCUGCAUAUGAUGAGUGGUGGACUUUGAAAUUGGAGAGGUAUCCUGAUGCUGCUAAAUUCCGGCGUAUGUCGUUGCAAUUCGCUAAAGACUUAGACAUACUAUUCUCAGAUGCAGCUGCUACAGGAGAAUGGGCAUACACUCCUAGCUCAGGGGUAAUGCCUCAGACUGAUGAGACGCCGGAGGAAUUUCAUACCCCACUUGAUGCUGAAUUUCAUGAUGAUGCUGAUUUUGAGGUUGCUUUAUAA